UUUCAAAAGUAUGACUACGUAGCUGCAUUCAUUGGACGUGCAUAUCAUUGAUCGGUGGAGCUCCGUUUCUACAGUUCACGUGAUGGCAAAGUCACAUUAUUUUCCACGGUCGCCUUGUCAAACCUUCAUAAACAAUCGCGUCUUGGAGAAGUGAUUCAAUUGACAAAGUACAUUACAUUUCAAUAGGCCCAGCCUUGGUGAAAGUUGCUAAUUGAUUACUAAUCCCCACAACAUAACUCAUGUGCAAAAAAAAAACGGAAGCGAGUACCGAGUUAUCUCAUAGAAAGGCGCAAUCGGAAUUGAAGGAGCACAGACUUGACUGUGGUCUUUGCGAAAGGGAGUUCACACAAACGGAGAAGCGCCCAUAUACACACGCUCAGAACGCAUCUGCGCUGAGCUCAGGAUUUUACAGGAUUCUUUUGACAAGGGAUACCUUUUCAUUCACUCAGCAAGUACUUUAACCAGAUUCGCAACAUGUUGGAUUGUUGUCAUUGAUGCGCUAACUAAUGAACAUUACAAGUUUGACAAGAAAGAGCCAAGUGAAUCUCGAGGAAGGGGAUCAAGUCUGUGUGAAUCUACGCGCGGACCCGACGUUAUCUUCUCCGGUAUAACGAUGUCUGGAUAUUACUGCAAAAGUUUAUACUCCUUCAGCGGGGAUCAACAUCAGCAGGGUUUGACUUUUGAAGUUGGAGAAAUCAUAAAGAUAGUUCAGCCGUUGCCUGGCGGCUGGUGGGAAGGAGAGCUGGAUGGAGUCAGGGGAUGGUUCCCAGCAAGUUAUGUUCAGGUCUUAGAGAAAACGGCGUCUAUGACCUCACUGCCUGUUGAGGACCUCGGAGAGCCUCUCCCUCAACACUGGAAGUGCUACAUGUCACCACAAGGGCGGCACUACUAUGUCAACACAGCCAGCAACGAGACGACGUGGGAGAGACCUUCCAGUGUACCUGGGACCCCCAACACCCCCCUGAAACACAAGAACUCACUACCUACAGUGAACGGGUUUCACUCCAGUGGCGGUACGUUGCAUCAGAAUGAACACUCCCACAUCAGUCUGGUCAAAAAGCCCAGUUCCGAACCACAGAAUCCAGGUCCUACAUCACCCACCAGGAGACAGAGCAAAGAGACUACCAUCACAAUGAACUGUGUAACGUUCCCCCUCCCCAUGAGUAUGCCUGAGCAGCAGCUGCUGAAGCCAGAUGAGUGGAGCUACUGUGACUACUUCUGGGAGGAUAAGAAGGACCCUCAGGGGACAAGCUGUAUCUCAGGGUUUGAGGUCUUGCUGCAGAAACAGCUGAAGGGGAAACAGAUGCAGAAAGAGAUGGCCGAGUUUAUACGAGAAAGAAUAAAGAUAGAAGAAGAAUAUGCCAAGAACCUCUCCAAGCUGUCACAGAUUCCCCUUGCAGGACAGGAGGAAGGUACUCUAGGGGAAGCCUGGGCGCAGCUGAAGAAGAGUUUGGCUGAAGAGGCUGAGGUUCACCUCAAGUUCUCCUCUAAGCUCCAGAGCGAGGUGGAGAAGCCUCUGUUGACUUUCAGAGAUAAUUUUAAGAAGGACAUGAAGCGGUUCGACCAUCACGUGGCAGAACUACGGAAACAUCUGGUCGGACGGCACACAGCCGUGGAGAAGGCCCGUAAGGCUCUAGCGGACAGACAGAAGGACCUGGAGGUGAAAACUCAGCAGAUGGAGAUCAAACUAAGCAACAAGAUCGAGGAGGACAUCAAGAAGGCCCGGCGGAAGUCCACACAAGCAGGAGAUGACCUGAUGCGCUGUGUCGACCUUUACAACCAGUCCCAGUCCAAAUGGUUUGAGGAGAUGGUGACCACAAGCUUGGAGUUGGAGAGGCUGGAGGUAGAGAGGGUGGAGAUGAUACGACAGCAUCUGUGUCAGUACACCACCUUGCGGCAUGAGACGGACAUGUUUAACCAGAGUACGAUGGAGCCAGUGGAUCAGCUGUUACAGAGUGUGGACCCAGCUAAAGACCGAGAGCUCUGGGUCCAGGAGCACAAGACAGGAGACAUCAGGCCUGUGGACAUUGAGAUAUAACACACACAUGUGGAUCCACAAGCCUAAAUCUUUACUAGGGCUUCAAGACCUUAGCCCACCUUACUAAAGUCAACUUUGUGAUAUUAUGGACAUCCUGAGAAAUGAGAAUAGGUCAUUAGAGAGAGGUUUAAUGGCAUGAUUCACAAUGUCAACUCAUUCUACUAAAAAGAAGUGAUUCUGAAAGUGAAUGACAGCAGUGUACCACCAGACAGUAUUCUUGAUGCCCUUGAGUAUUCUAUAUGUAUGGUAGACAGACAGUGUUCAUUAUGCCCUAGACCUUGAGGACUACUAUAGGGAAGACAGGUGUAUAUGGGCCAAACUCAAGUGGGGGGAAUGUAUUACCAACAUAAACAAACGGAAUGGCUAUUUUGACCUGUACAUAAUCUAUGGUCUACAGUACAAGCCUGUGGGACUGAGGCUGUGUGAACUUUAUCCCCUUCCUUAAAAUAACCCCAAACAAAUUCUGUAAAUUGUUGGCCAACUGAAAUACUGACGCAAAGGUUAAUUAUGAAAUGUAACGGCUACUGCUGCUUUUGUGUAAUAACCGUCCAUCAAAUGCAUUCCAAUUUAUAGAUUAUAUCUUAUCUGCGCCACUACAUCGAAACUAUAAAGUGAGGUGAACAAAAGGUUUUUAAGGUGAAUAUUGAUUCCGCAAACCUAUAUGAAAUGGGUAGUUUGGAAGAGGGAUUGACACACAUGUAACAAUCUACAACGUUUUGUGAUGUUUUCCUUACUGUUGAAUUGAUCAACAUUUGAAUUCUAGUCUAUAAGGGGGGCAGUACAACUGGGAUGCUGUUACAAGGGAAUGUGCUUUAGCUUUUUGUAAAUACAAGAUGAAUAUAAUGGGGUGUCGAAGUAAACCAUCUAAAGAAUGAAGGAUGUAAAAUAGUGGAAUCGGCAGCAAAACAGAUGAGAUAUAUAUAUAUAUAUAUAUAUAUAUAUAUACACACAUUACACAGGAGUGAUGGUACAAAUAAUAUAUUAAACUGAUAUUACACAACGAUUAUUUUUCUACUAAAUGAAAUGACGACAACGUUGUUUCAGAGACAAGCUAACUGGAUAUAGAUCCUCAACUGAAGAUGAAAUGGUUACAGUAUAUCACGAUCCCGUUUCUCUCCCGUGAGUAUUACGUACAUGUUACUACUGUUCCGUGCAGACGCAUACAUGUUGUACAGACUUUUCCAUUAUUGUUUGUUUGGUGCAACAAGAACCGUGAACAUCCCAAGGAUUCUGAAUAUGGACAUAACUGCUGAAUGUUUGGCAUUUUAAUGUUUCUGCAUUGAUAUGAUAAAUAUAUAGAUAUACAGCUUAUGUUACAUCUAUCUCUGGUUGUUCCUUUCUGCUGUUUUUUUAUUUUCCAAUAUAACCAGGUGAUUUUUUUUUUUAGGUGUUUUGUGUUUCUGGCAAAUUAUUUUGAGGGUAGAAGAAGACAUUUCAGGGAUGAAUAAAAAGGGUUUAUUUCUUAACACAUUUUCACAUUCAACAAUAAAAUGCUUUGGACAAGUAAUGUAAAAAUGC